AUGGCGGAAGAAUAUUAUUUGCAAGUGCCCCGCAAGCAGCGAUUCUACAAAAUUCUCGCUACAGUUAUGCAUUACUUAGCCCUAGGGGACAAAACCUGGUGGGGGUACAGUGGACCAAACAAGUUCUUUGUGUUCCAUAAUUAUAUUGUACUGACAUUUUCUCCUGCGUUAUUAUUUACGCAACUGAUGUAUCUGUACGUUAAUUUUAAUGAUCUUACAUUUGAUACUCUUGGCAUCAUAUUGUCGAUUGUCCCCGUGGCAUGUUUGGCGAAUGUCAACGUGUAUUCGGCAAGAUUACCAUCUUAUAAAACGAUCAUGAAGGAAUUUAUGUCCAAAAUCCAUCUGAUCAAUGAAUAUAAAAAUAAUGACGAAUUUAUCAAAAAGAAAGUGAUAGAAGUAGAACGCGUGACACGCUGGACCGCGUACUAUCUUAUGUUCUUUUUCUCCAUGAACUGGGCCGCCUGGAUAUGGAUCCCCAUCGUCAAUAACAUAAAUAACAAGGAACUCAUACAAAAUCGCACCAUGAGACUGCAGACAUGUGUGUACAUGUGGUUUCCUUUCGACUACGGUUUCAAUUACAGGAAUUGGCUCUGCGUCCACAGCAUUAAUAUUUACGUUGACGCCUGCGGUGUUACUGUCAUGAUGAUAUUUCACAUUAUUAACUACACGUUCAUGUUCCAUUUGAUCGGUCACAUCCAAGUCUUGAAACACAAACUCGAAACAGAGUUCAAUGAAGGUUUAAGUGAUAGAGAAACUAAGGAUAAACUCGUAGCGGUUAUAAAACAUCACGCUUUUAUCACACGAAUAUUUAACAAUGUACAAUCUGCGUUUGGAAUAAAUGUGACUACAAACUAUUUACAUAAUUUAGUUGGUGAUAGUCUCAUUAUGUAUCAGAUAAUGUAUGGGGGAAAACAAAACAUUAUUCUAUACAUGGUAAUGGUUACUGUGUACAUCGGAAAUUUGAUUAUGAUGUCUUUUGUACUUGAAGAAAUGAGGAGACAGACUGAAGAUCUUGCCGAUGUGGUUUACAGCAUGCCUUGGGAAUAUAUGUCUGUAUCGAAUCAAAAAACGUUCAUACUUCUCCUACAAAGAGUUCAACCUGUGAUAGAGUUUGUCGCUAUGGGUGGACUUAGAGCUGGAGUCAGACCUAUGAUAUCGAUAAUAAAAACUACAUUCUCAUAUUACGUUAUGUUGGAGUCGAGCAUGGCUGGGAAAUCGUAA